AUGUGGCUGAUCUAUAUGUAACGAACGUCAAGUCAUAGUACAAGUGGCUCUCUGAUUCAAAGAGGUUAAGAGAGCUGCUUAAUAGAAAUGGCAGCAAUAAAGGGCCUGGGUAGAAAUAUUCCCUAUCUGAGGCAACAAUUUGCUGCCCUUUUGGGAAACACUAGCACCAGUGUGAAAUUUAUAUGCGUAGUAGUUUUGUUUUCUUAUUGCCUUUCUUUUUCUACGGAGACGGUACGUCUGUUAAGUGUGACACCAGGUUAUCUACUACCUCCAGUUUUCUGGAUCUGGACAGCAUUUACUUUCUGUUUUCUUGAGAUACAUUUUUGGGAAGUAUGUGUGGAUAUCGUUACAGUAGGGCUUUGUGGUAAAUUGAUCGAACCUUUAUGGGGUGCAAUGGAAAUGAUGACUUUUUUUGCUAUCGUUAAUUUUGGCGUCGCUGUCUUGUCAGCUUUAUUUUAUUUAUUUCUUUAUAUGUGCACUAAUGAUCCAGAUCUAUUAUUUGAUAUACACAUCCAUGGAUUAACUGGAUAUAUUGCAGGUGUUACAGUAGCUGUAAAACAAAUAAUGCCAGAUCAUAUUUUAGUUAAAACACCAAUUGGUAAAAUUACAAAUAGAAAUAUACCAUUAAUGGUUUGGAUUAUGGGAGUGAUAUUAUGGCUUUUUGGGCUAUUAGAAGGCACUCAUCCAACUAUGUUUCUUAGUGGUUUAUUAAUAUCAUGGACUUAUCUUAGAUUUUAUCAAAAACAUAAUAAUGGUACACGUGGUGAUAUGGCUGACAAUUUUACAUUUGCAAGUUUUUUUCCAAAUGUCUUACAACCACCAAUAGCAGUUGUAAGUAAUACAAUACAUGGUUUUUUUGUACGAGUUGGAAUUUGUAGAAAAGUAGUUAGAAGAUUUGAUAUGUCCAAUGCUCCACCUGGUCUCAUUAUAAAUCUUCCUGGUAUUGAUCCACAUGAUAGCGAAAGAAGAAGGCAAAUAGCAUUAAAAGCCUUAAGUGAAAGAUUGAGUAAGGAUCAUGCAAAACCAUGGCAACAAGAAAGAACUAAAAAACAUUCUCCAGUACCUCCUGCAGUUUCAAUCCCAAUUCCUGAUACCACUACACCUAAGCCACUUGCAUCUCCUCUUAUUCCUCAAGUUAGUGUUAACAUACAUAAUCAUGCUUCUACUAAUACGUGAUCAUAUCAGAUAGACUGAUUUCAAAUUCAUGUAUAAAUAUAUUAAAAAACUUUUAAAAAAAUGUUAACAAUUUGCAACAACAUUGAUAAUGUGGCAAUAUUUAAUAAAAUAAUAGUUUUUUUAA